AUGGAUUUGUCUUCAACAUCUUCCACAGCAGCCGGGAAUUCAAUUGAUAAUACGGUUGCAACAGUUAUCGAAAAUAAUAAAGAACCUUCGUUAAAAACUAUUUAUUCUAACUAUCAAGAAGAUUCCGAUUCAAAUUCACGAACCAGUUUGUACAUUGGCAGUGAAAAUUCAAUUCGUAUCAAUAAAUCGAUUAAUGGCAAUCCUUCGUAA